UCCGAACAGGUGCGCGGGGAUUUGCUAAUUUGAUUUUAUUUAUGUCAUCGCUCAAGUCCACAAGGGUUUGUUCGCCUCGUUGCGAAUUGCUGGGCGCGUAGAUAUUCCUCGCGAAAACCUGUGGCCGCUUUUUUCGGGUCAUACGUGUCCGGAGAGUGUGCGGUUCCUACGUGGAGUAAACUGACGCGGCAACGGCCGGGAGAAGAUAACGACUUCUUCAACCUUCGAUACUGCUUGAGAGGCCAUCUGCAGGUAUGGGAAGGGCAAGAAAAGACUCCUUCAAUCAGCCACCCGUUGAUACGUACCGCAAGAAAAUAGGGAAGCAUGAGAACAAGAAGUCCAAGUCUGAUAUCAAGGAGUCAAAGAAGCGUGUGCAAAGCAAGAACGUCAAGUCCAAGACAUACAAGGAAAUCGCCGCCAUCCUGGGCUUCCUGAUUGCUGUGCUGUUUGGAGGAUACACGCUGUCAUAUGUUUUGCUCACUGGAAGCAUUCCGUCUGUGUGGGCCUCAGUGAUGAAAAACUGAUGGGGAAUUUCGACCCUCCUUCGUGCGCCACCCGAUUAUGGUGCCAAAAAUAUCUCGAUUUUAUUUUUUCUUUGCUUCCGAGCAUUACAGAACUGUAGUGCCAUACCUACCUUUCUCUUUUGGGCAUUUAUAUAUGUGAUUAUUGUUUGCAUCUGAAUUUGAUGUGAUGUACCUGACUGUGUAUGACUGUACACCUAUUCUAACGUAUCAGGGGGCAGUACCUUUACAAUGUAUAUUGCUCAAAGCGUAUACGUUAUUGACAAAGUCCCAGUGGCUGCUAUAUUUUCAUGUCACAGUUAAGCAAUAUUCAUUUUUUUAUUGUCGCUUUUAAUUGGGGAUAUGGACUUGCUGUUUACAAUUGAUGUGGGGUGUUUGCCACCCAGAAAAAACUUGAGUGAGGUUUCGUGCGAGAAGGUUGUUACUGUAAACCUGAUGUCUCUGUGUGUAGUGUAACUACUGCCAUUCACCAGUGUUAUCUGAUCAGCGCUGUAUGUGACAUUCACAAAAUGGAAUGUAAAAAAAAACGUUCUAUUUUACGCUCACCGGUGUUAGAUGCUCUUCAGUGUAAUUUGCAGUCCUUAGUUUUUUAUAAGGUGCAUGUUUGCCGGUAAUUACUAUACAUGCGAAUUUCAAAGAAUCCGGUGUCGUCGAGCUUAUGUAUAGCACGCCGAGUCUUCAGAGUUCUCCUCUUCCUUCUGCGAAGUGUAGUAAGCUUCAGUGAACUGUUAUUUUGUGCCUUGGUGUCACAAUUACUUCAACGACAGGGUCGUCUCCUACUCGAGUCAUUUCCUUUUUAUAUAAGACAGUUUUAUUGUGUUUCUGUUGAGAUUAUAUUGCUGUUUUUCUUUUUGUUUAUAAAACCGCCUAUUCAGGUCAAAAAUUCUUCGUGCAAUUUUACUGUCUGGUAGCGUUUCUCCUCCGUUAGAGGGCACAGCAAUAGAGUCCCAGUUUUUAAAAAUGUGCUUGUUGGUGUUCGUUCUUUAAAAAAGCAAUACACCCUGCACUUGUGAUGCUUAAUGUAAGUGUAUUUUUGGGCUUUUUUUUCCUCUCUCUUAUCUUGUACUGCGAAAAGACCUGGAGCUUUCUAGCUACAGUGUCAAACAUGUGCAUGCCUUACUUUUGUUCAUUCCAAAGCCUUCAGGCUUUCCUUUUCUGUACUCCUGUCUCCCGAAUAAGGCUUCCACGAGUGUGAUGUAUCAGCACAGUGGCUCCCC